CACAUGUGAGAGAAACAACCAGCGGAUGCAAUCUGUGCAGAAAAAAAAAUCUUCCUCACUGGAAAAGGUAUAGCUCACAGUAUUCAUCAGAAAUAUUAAACAUAGAGAGAUAAGUAGGUUUGGUUGGCGCGCCUUGUUCAAGGUCUGUAGUCCAGCCCCAGGAAGCGCUGAACAGCACCUCCCGUUUCCACACAGGAGCGCACUAGUUUCACUGGAGCAUCAGGACUGGAGACGCACACCGGUUGGAAGCUCAGCUGAUACUCUGCGAAUACAGACGUAUUCUCCAGGAGGCUCUCACUUGGGAGAAACAUUAGAAAAUGCUCCGAAAGUCUCCGUUUACUAUUUGAUUCUCAUACAAUGUGUUUGUGUUUGGAUUAAGUUUGCGCGUCGUUUCGAGGGGGGCACUGUUGGUGUAGAGGAAAAUGGGGAUAACUGUCGGUGCCCGCAGAUGAUGACGUCCCACCAUGAAUACAGGUUAGAUGUUGUUGCUUUUUGUAUCAUUUCUUCGGUAGAUUCCAGGAAACUUACUUUGAAUAGUUGAAAUGGAACAAAGAGGUGUUUGACUUCAUGCUCAAGCGUAGGAUAGGAUCUGGGCGGCAUUAGUGAAUGGAAUCGUUUAAUUUGUCCCAGAGAUAAAAAUCAUCUAUCAAGUAAAAAUAAAGGUAAAUUAAUUAUCAGUCAGCUCAAAGGACCAAACCCCUGCUGAGGUUUUUACAGGAAAUAACUGUUACUGUCUCCCUUUCAAUACUCCAAUUCUCAUAAAUUUGGAAUAAGUUGAAAUCCAUGGAUCAAGUUGCUUCCAUGAAAAUCUCUCCUGGGAAAUGUCCAGUUCUAGGAUAAAGGUUUGACAGGAUUAUAAUCCGCUACCAUGCCUGUAGAAAGCUGACAUUUUUUCCAUUCAGAUUGUCAGCUGUCUUGCAAGAGAAGUAUCAUAUUAAGGUAGAUAAAUCAUCCUUUGGUGAAAUAUGAUUUCUUUGUAGAAGGGAACAAAAGAAAAAAAACUGAAGAUCUAAAUGAGAGACAAAUAAUGCGCCCUUGUCUUAGUUCUGCAGUCUUUUCACUUUUUUAAAUGAAGACAGGUUGUCAAGUCUGAAGGCUGACAUUUCAUGAUGAGGACAAAGUGUGAAAUCAUAUCCUGUGAGUUUGGCACAGCCAAGGUCCCAGUGUCUAUCUCUUCCUUUGUUUUUUAAACAUUUGUUGUAAUUGAAUUCUUGUUGCAUAAUUCAUAUCCUGUUGUUUGCAGUUGGGUGCUUUGUCAGGCUGGGACCCCUGUUUUCUCUCCCAGUUUUAUUGUUCUUUGAUGCACUCAGAGGACCUUUUUCAGUAAAAAAAAAGAAAAAAAAUAGUGUGUGCCAGUAUGUGUAGUUGCGUGUGUGUGGUUGUGUGUGUAUGUGUGAGUGAGUAAGUGUUUGCAUCUGUGUGAAGCGGUGCAAGUACAUUUCGUGAGAAUGGGGGAAGAAUGACGAGAAGGAAGUCCAUUUGUGUUGUGAAAAUGUGAACUCCUAGAGGUUCAUGAAGGAGUGAUGGGGGACCAUGCUGUUAGUGUCCUUCCCCCCAUGGACAUCCUGUGUGAGGUCCUUCAAGAAGGCUCUGCUGGAGGACCUCAUCAACCUUGUGUCUUUAAAAAUACGCUGCAGUGAUAUCAAUUAAGAUGAGGGAUAAAAAUGUGGAGGACAGGGAUUUUUAUUACAACGUGGGGCAGUUUGUUUAAGAAAUCAUGUGAGACUGAAGUCAGGAAAGUGUGUGUGUGUGAGUGAGAGAGAAAAAAAGAGAGGGAACACUCAGAGAUAGCCAGAGUGCAAACAGGGUUUAAAAGGAUGUGCGUCAGGGCAGGUACUAAAUAACAGGAAGAGACAAGGGGUGUACACACUUUGUUAAGUACGGGUGUGUUUUAUGACAGUUCUUCAUGUUAUAAGUGGUGUUUUAUGACUUCACACCUUUAAAACUUUACCAUAUUCAGAGUUUGAACUCAACACAACACACAAACACACAGUGACACAAACUCUCCAAAAUCAAAUCUCUUAUUGUCAUUUUUCUACCAAUCAGAAUUUUUGCAGUUUUAAUUUCAUUUUUUCAGUUUUUGGUUCCACUUUCUGCCUAAAUCUGAUUCUGCUAUGAGCGUUCUACCUUCAUGUGUCAUUUCCCAGACAGGGAGAUGUUAUUGUUCCUCCUCUAAGUACCCUGUGGCUCUGUUGUUUUUCCUGCUGAUAAUGUCCUCCACAGCAUUCUGCUUGUCACUGAGUAUUGUACUGGACUUGAGAAUUUUGUAACAAAAACAGGACCCUCAUAUUCACCUCUUUGUAAGGCCAGUAAUAAGAUAUCGUGGUAAAAUAUACCCAAAUAUUGAAAAGAACACCAGGUUUUACAUUUUCUUUUUUUUUGUACCCUCUUUCUUCACAGAUUUUCAAAAUCCACUGCAAGUCCCUCGGCCAAAGAUCCGCAGUCACCUGAACAUCAAAGUGCAGUCCAAACUGAUGUCCAGACAUGGUCCAAAGCCUCCAGUGGCCCCCAAACCUAGACCCAUCUAUAGGGCUCAUGUACAGGAGGAGCCCUGCCCCCCACAGAGCCUAAGCAAUGGAGACCUGGCUCACUCUGACGGGGAGACAGAGGAUAUCAAUGAGAUCGCUGAGGAGAACCGGGACUUAGAGGAGACAAUUGAGGCAGAGGAUUCCCUCGAUGGCAAUGACACAGAGCACAAUGACGGAGAGGACGCAGUCGCAGAAGAAGAAGAAGAAGAAGUCAAGGAGGUAAAAGAUGUCAACUGUUUAGAAAAUGAUGGUGACGGGAUUGACUCCGAUGACACAGUGAAAGCAGAUGAAACUACUGAUGAUGAAACUACUGACAAUGACUUGAACCAGACUGAAGGUGGCAAUGACACUGAUGAUGAGACGAAAUCAAUGGCUUCACUUCCUGCUGAAAUAAAGAAGGAUACAGGAGAAGAUGCACAAGAGGAGGAACUGAGUUGCACUGAAAAGACUGAAAUAGAGUGUGAAUCUACAGGACAUAUAGAAGAAGAAAGCGCUGAUCAAACACAGUCACUCGGUAAUGGUGAUAUGGACAUUGAUCCGGGACUGAAUGAAGGGGACAGUGAACAAAGUGAGGGCAGCUUGCAUCGUCCUCAUGACACCAAGCUGGAAGCGGGUGGCUUUGCGUUUGGAUUCAGCGUGCUCCCAACUGUUACUGAGGAGUAUCCCUAUGAUGUGAUUGGCCCAAAUGAUGAUGCUAGUGAUACAUGUGAGUCAUGUGACCCGGCUGAAACAGGAGACACAGAGGUUUGGCAACCAGAAAGGGCCACCAAGGACUUAUCUGGCUGUUUCAGAUUCACAUCCAGCACUGAGGAUGUCUUUGGGCCUUAUUCGGUCAUCGAAGCUGUCCCAUCAGACGUGAACAGGACUGCUGAUCCUGAGUGGUGUCAGGAUGAAUCUGAUGACACACCUCCAGACAAACUGCAAACAACAGCAAGUGCGUCUAACCAAGAACCUUACUAUGUGUCAUCCGAUGAUGUGGACAAGCUUGAGGAUAAGCAAGCCCUCUCUGAUCAAGGUGAGAGUGAAGAGAGCCCUGAGCUGUCCAAUCAGCACAAAGACAAAGCCAAGGACUAUGACUCAGCAGAUGAGUAUGCAGACAUUGAGGAUUCUCUUUGCAACAAAGCAGAUGACUUUGAGCAGUUGGAGUGUGUUUCCUCUGAGGAUUAUGUAGAGAUUGGAGAUGAGGAUGAAGAGGAAGAAACGGAAAAGAAGCACAUCAAGGGGAAAAGUGCAAAAGAGAGGACACUUAAGCGAGAGCAGGCUUUCCCCAGCAAGCGCUCAAGCUGCCAGCCUCGCCUUAGGCUUUGUAACAUCACAGUGCCAGCUGACCUGGACCUGGGCCGCACCCCAGAACUCACCAACAGGGUGGUGUUUGCCCAUACUACUGAGGCCUUUGAAGAGGACAUUGAAGAACUGGACUGCCACAUUGUGCCUUACUAUGAGGACACAGAUUCAGACAGUGAAGAGCAUAUAUACGAAGAAGCAGGGUUUGACUCUGAAGGGGAAAACUUUGUAAUACUGGAUAGGAAGACAAUUGUCACACGAUCACGCUCUUAUUCUGGGAAAGUUCCUGGUUAUGUCCCAGAGACUGUACCUGAGGAGACAGGAACAGAGUACCAGACUCAUGAUUACUGUACAGUGGCCUUAGAGAAGACCAAUGAACCAUAUCAAAAUUCACAGCAGCCUGGGGUCAACUGUUUGAUCCCCUCCAUGAAGUCUCGCCGCUUCUUGUUGUAUUCUCGGUCAGCAGAGGGUCCAGAAUUGUCACUGACAACUCCGACAGAGAUUCGCCAGUCUCUGAAGAAUGACAUCAGGAUGAGGAGGAAAGAUGACACCCUGUCACUACCAUGUGUUAUAACCUCCUCUGGGAGCUUUUCACAGCGGAGCCACCAGUCAUCAAGUGGCGUCUCCACUCCAACAUCUCUAGUGGACAUACCUCCUCCAUUUGAGCUGGCAUACAUCACCAAAAGACCAGUCACCAAGAGUUCCCCAUCACUUUUGAUCCAGCAUGAACCCAGCGACAUACCCAAGAAGAAGAAGUCCUCUUUUAAACGCUUUCUGGCUCUUAAGUUCAAGAAGAAGACAGAUUCAAAAGGUUUCAGUGAUGGAAGUGUACGCUCUUCACGCUCCUCCUCUGAGUCCAGCCACCAUGGCCCAUCACGGGUCAUAGAUCUUGAUCGCAGGAGCACAGGCAGCUCUCCCCAGCUUCAGUCUCGCAUGGUCAACCCCCAGCAACGUAACUCAGACUUGCCAUCAGCCUUUGUCCUCUACAAAGACCACCAGAGGAGGAAAGGUGACCCAAAAGCUUGUGGCAGAGGUGUUUCCAGAGUGGAGUCCUUUGAGGAGCGUUCCCGGCGUUCUGCCAUGCCAUUGCCUUUGACCAAACCACGCUCCAUCUCUUUUCCCAGCGCUGACACUUCAGACUAUGAAAAUAUCCCAGCUAUGAGCUCGGACUAUGAGAACAUCCAGAUACCAGGUAGACCCAUCAGAUCGCACACUGUGACUGAGUUUUUCGAGGACCCAGUCCGCAGUACAGCUCCCUGCAAUGAGAACGAUGGGUAUGUGGAUAUGAACAGUUUUCCUGGGAUCGACAACAAGGCCGUGACACCAAAAGACGACACUGAAAGGUAAAGGAAAUGCAUAAUAAGUACAAAUGGUUGUGUGUCAUUGCUCUAAAACCUUAAAGGGCCGAGUGACCCAAGUUUUACACAACCUCGGUCAUACUCCUGAGUGGGGGCUGGGACACUUUUGCAGAGUUUUUGACCAGAGGUAAUGUUUCCCCUAACUCAAUUUCUUCCACUAACUAAACUCAGUAGAACUGUAAGAGCUUAAUACUCCAUUAGUAACACAGUAAAUAGAAUUUUGGGAGCAGUGUAGUUUACCUCAGACAUAUUUAUGUUUAAUGCCACAGAAAAAUAUCUCAAAAUCUCUUGUCAUGCUGGAUAUCACAAAUCUGGAUGUAAUUAAAUAAAUAAAAAUAAUGCAUCAGAUUUCAUAUAGUGCUUUAUCAGAGACCCUCAAACUGGUGGUAAACUACCUUAGUAGUCACAGCUGUCCUGAGGCAGACUGACGAAAAUGUGGCUGCCAGUUUGUGCCUACGGCUUCUCCGACCACCACCACCACACAACACUCACAAUCAUACACCAGUGGAGGACACACAGUGGGAGCAAGGUGGGUUAAGUGUCUUGCCCAAGGACACAACGGACAGACUAGGGACAGGGGGGAAUCGAACCGCCAACCUUCUGGUUAUUGCUCUAUUACUGCUCUACCUCCUCAGCUACUGCCGCCCCAAUUGAACUCUUUGAUCAGAAUAUGUAGAACUCACAGUGUCAAACAAUUGAUCAUAUGAUUGCAUCUCUGUUAUUUAAAGAAGCAAUCAAGACCAUCAAUGACAAGACCGACGAUGUCUAUAAUAUUUUGAAUUCCUAUAACUGCUGUGAACUAUAGAUAGGUACAGCUUUAAAUGCUUUUCUUACAGCACGUACUCACAGUACGUGAUAAACUUUACAUUAAAAAGACAGCAGCUUUAUUCCACUUUGAUGCACUCUUGAAACCAUGCAGCUUUGUAUGUUCACUUUGUAGUGAAGAGAAGAAGUGAGAGUGUUUAUCUGGAGAAUUGGAGAAUUACUCUUACAAUAGUCAGCUGUAUUAUUAGUUGUGGACCCAUCUGCCCAGCGGUGCAAUCUUGACCCCAGAACAGCUGACAGGUAUUCUCACACUCCACCUCAGAUGAGCAAAGGGCACCUGGAUGAGUAGCAGCAGCAGAGCUCCCUCUUGUAGGUGAGUGUACGGUGAGAGAUGAGCAGCCUGCUGCGUCAGGCACCACUGGCUUUGCAAAGAUGGACAACGCUUGAGGGAGAGCUUACUCCUGUUUUUCAUUUGGUAGAUUUAGCGGUCACAUCUGGUGUCGCUUCCACUCUGAGCGUGAGAGGUGAAAGAACAGAUACUUGCAGUCAGCUAGCUCAGUGUUAGCAUGUUAUUCAGAUUAAAGAAAGUCGUCAUGGGCUGCAAUUAAAAGUGCCAAAAUCCUGUAGGAGUUCUUUUCACACGAGGAAGCUGAGCGUAGUGAAGGAAAAGGUGAGAGAGUGAGGGGAGGGGAUGUGUUAAUAGAAGGUGCAGAAGAGUAAGAAAACAGGACUAUGGAGAUAAAAGAGGGGGAGGGGGAAGUGAAAAGAAGACAAAGAGAGCAAGCACAGUUCUAGUGUAAUUGCUCUCCUGUACCUGACACUUAUAUUUAAGUUUAGGAGUGCUUUUAUUAAAGUAGCCCUCUCCUGAGUGCUUCCCUUUCAUUAGACCCUGGAGGGGCUGCAGAAUUUACUGCAGUGUGUGAUAGAUUGAGGAAUCACCACAGUCAGACUGUACCAGAUUACCCCGGCCUGUGCCCCGGCUACAGCCACCGAGGGCCACAGUCUUUCCCCAGUCUUAAUAAAACAGUUGCAGUUUAUGUACAGUUCAAGUGGCUUAUUGGCUUCUUCAAUAGCUUCUGCUUCGAUUUGUUUUUCAUUCUAGUUGUAUUGAUAUGCAGCUCAUUUUGUGUUUUUAUUUGUUUUUUAAGAAAACUCUCCAGGUUUAUGAAACUUAAAACACAUAAAGCUUAUAGAUCGCUCUCGAUCAGACUUUCUGAGCAGCAGCAGACACAAUGAUCUCUUGACUGUUUAUACACUGAUGCUUUAAACUCUAUACAUUUUUCAACAUUUGAAACCCUUCCACUUCACAGACAAUAGUCUCUUGGUAAGGGCUGUUUUUCACUCAGUGAUGUUAUCGAUGUGGCUCAUUGUGUGUCGUAGGUCUCACACUGCUCACACUGAUGCAAAUAACCUAUCUGUCCUGUCACCUCGCCUUCGCUGCAUUCCCUCUGGAGAUGCUGCUGUUGCCAGGGGCUGCUCUUUGGUGUCUAUACUAGGCUGGUUUAUGUUUGUUUGAGUGUCGGUGUAUGUGUGUACAAGUGUGCCCACAUUAUUAGACAAGUGUAGUCACUGUAGGUGUUGUCCACCACUUUUGUGUCUCUGCUCAAAGGAUGACAUUGCUGGCGUCCCAGGCCGCCCGGUUGCUGGUGACAGUGAUUUAUUGAGACCCAUUCAGGAGUCAGCAUGGUUUUAGACUCACAAAAAGUAGAUUUUUGUGUGGUGAGGAAAAUGACCAAAUUACCCCAGAGAACUGCAGGCUACCGCACUCAGUAUCAGACAUGCAUUUUAAGGAGAGCUCACAAAGCUGCUGUGCUACAGGCUUGGCUUGUUUCCACUUGUGUGAUUAAUGUAUGGCACCAUUCAGACCCUGCGUCUGCACAUGUAUUCAGGCUAAGCAAAGAGACAUGUUCAUUAGCAGGCUAGAGAACAAUGGAAAAAGAACGUAUGCUAAUGAGUUAUGCCAGACCAACCUUUGCUGUUUGUUUGUAGGUGUUGUGUGUGAUAGUGUAAAUUCAUGCAUGCGAGCUAAGUUACAACUCAGGGCGGCUUUAUCAAAGAUGAGGCUCCAGCAGAGUGCAGUCUCAGCAGGAGUGUCCUUGCCAAGAGGCUGUGAAGCAACAAAUGAGUGUUGAAAAGGAUGUUUUAGCAAAAAACAGCUCAAGAUUUGUGAUUGUGCUGAACUUAGAACCUAUUAAAUGUUGUUUGUGUCAACUUUAAGUAAUUCCUUGUAGACUUACAACACUCGUGCAGAUGUGUUGUUGCCCCUGCGCGCACAGUAAAAGGAGCCGUAGAGGUAUAUUCUGCUAAUGUAUGCAAAGUCAUACAGCUCUAUUUUACCCUUUGGCGUCAUUCUCACAUCGAACUGUGCAUGGGCCUCUUCAGAGUGAUGACAAAGCCCUGCCAUGGCCUCUAAAACAGCUCCUCCACCCACUGUUAUGUUAGUGUUAGUAGUGAUGAGGGAGCCAUCUUAAGUACAUUGUUGUACAGGGUGGUGGCUGUGUGCUGUGUGGCGAGCUGGUGGACAGGGCGUGUCGUUGGCUCGCCAAGCCCAGUGCCUGGCGCUCCGAGGUCAUUGCCAGGUCAUCCCCGGGGAGGAAACAUCCAGCCUAGGAGCUUGCCACCGGCCUAUUUACAGGAAAUGCAGGACGAGGGUGAGGCUCUGGCGGGACGCAAGGAAGUGGGGCUGGGAGAGGAUAGAAAGGAUGGCGGGAGAAAAAGGGGGUCACCAUGGUCGGGUGGUGGUACCUAGACUCUGCCUCUAACAAUGAUGUUAGGUGUGGUGCAGUCAGGAAUACCAAGUCUGUUUUCACUGUUACUCUCAUUUAUCAGGACAGUCUCAGGGGUACAUGUAGCGAAGGACGACAAACCAACUAAGGCUCUGAAUCACUGACAGAAGACAUCAAAACACAAAGCCCUUCAGUAAUGUCUUCAUCAAAAACUGUCACAACAGCCACAAGCUAAAUGUCAGUCAUCAUCACCAAAAGCAGCAAACAAUUUAAAACGGCUCCAGAUUUCAAAUUCCCUCAUCAGUACCCCAAUUACAUAUAGUUAUCAGUCCAAUGAGCCCUUUCAGCCUCUCAUAUUCCCUGUAAUAGUGCCAUUACUAGUAGAAAAAGGCAUGUGGGACUGUUUCUAAUAUAUAUUUAAAUACCCAGUGUUUAGCUCUAUUGAGUUAUGUAUUACAGGCAUCAUCAAACUCACAGGAGACCACAGGUCUUUGUAGAGAGUCAUUGUGUUCUCCUCUGAAUUUGACACAGUAAAUUUAACUUUGCUGUGUUAUAAAAGGCACUGGCUUUGUGAGGUGUAAUAGCAUCGCCUUAAUGGUCUCAAUAAGGGCGUCAUGCUCUACCAUACUAUAAAAAUCACAUAUUCAUAAGUUUGACAAUAUAUAUGGUGUUGAUUAUAGCUAACAUUAAAGGGAAAUUUAGGGUUGAAAGGGGGGCUGGGGUAUGAGCAUUAAACUAGUAGAUGUUCACUGACCAGAUGGACUAACAAUCCCAAUUUUUUAAAUGAUUUCAUGUAAUUUUUACUUAUUUGUUUUUUCUUCCAUAUUAAGACAUUUUUGGGAGAGCCUUCUUUCUAGAAUUGAAAUAAAAUCCGUAAGCUAUAAAGUACUGAUUGUUGUAUUUAGGUCAUGUUAUUGAUGAUUGAGAGUCACUUGUAAAGGUGAGAGUCCACAGAGUGUUUGUCUUGGACAGCUGAAGGAAUUCCCCUCACUCAGUGAAUAAAUCAGAGAAUGAGUUCAAAGAAGACUAUCCCUCUUCUUCUCUAUCCUCUCAGGAGCCCACAUUAGGUGCACCUGUCUACUUUGAGGUCAACCAUGAGUAAUGGCUCAUAGGUGUUUUCUGAAGCCCACCCAAUGGAGAAGUAUGUGUGUGGUGUGUUUGUCUGAAUGGAGAUGAAGUCCAUCGAAUGACUUUGUUAACCUUUGAUCUUUAAGAGCCUUCUACUCUCAGCACUUACAGGGGGAUGUUUUAAAACCCGAGUCCAUCAGUCAUUGUUAUCUGUAAAAGACCUGUGAAAAAUUAGAAAAUCACAGUGACUCAGAAUCUCACUGUCUGUUAGCUCAAGUGAUGUCUUAAUGUUGUUUUUAUUGUUGCCCAACAGGACAAAUCCAAAAAAGACAGACAUUAACAUUAUAGCCUUUCUAUGACUCACAGAAACAAACAAAAUGAUCAUCAGAAUCAAGACACAAUCUCAGCAUUCGUAAAGAGUCUUGAGGUAACAGUUGUUGGGAAUUGGCACUAUAUAAAAUAAGACUAAUUGAUUCAAGAUAAGAGUUUUUCAUCUUGUUAAUUGUAAUGUUUAAAACUAUUAAUGCAGGGUAGAUCUCAGCUGAGCUGAUCAACCAUAUGCUAUGAAAAUAGCCCAUAUUUUUUUAUUGCAAAAGUCAUGACAAAAUCAGGAGAGAGAGAAGUGGUGUUCCCUUUUGUCCACAGGGGGUGCCAAACUCGAUACAGUCUAAAAGUUCCUCACAGAAGCUUAACAUUUUUUGGUUGAGUCAAGCAUUGUAAUUUGUUACAGAAAAGGGAGAACUUUUGAUUUUAACCCAGAAUAGACUCAAGUCAUUGGAUAACAAAGCAGCUCCUUGAGGGUUUUUUUUUUUUUAUUCACUGUUGAGUAUAAAUUUAGUGUGUGUGUGUGUGCGCGCGCGUGCGUGCGUGCGUGUGUGUGUGUGUGUAUUUAUCAAAGGAUUUUUUUCCGUGAACAUUAAACAUCACAUCAAAUUAACAUCAAAUUGACAUCAGUAUCAAUUUUUUGCACAUAACAUUUAAUAUACACUUGAGUCUCUAUAAAUCUCUAUAUGCUCCAUGGUAUGUGACAAAAGAUUCACCUUUAACUCCUUAUUCCUAAAUGGUGAUACUUUUGCUUUAGAGAGCUUGCUUCUGCCUUUCAUUAGUUUUAAAACGUACUAAGAGUGUUGAAGGAAGCAGCUGCAUGACAGAAGUAUGACAGCUAAAGGUCGAGCUGUCUUAGAGGUGUCAUGUAGAUAUUUUGAAAAUACCCCACUGAUACCCUGUUAUCAUCCUCUUUGUGAAUUUGAUCAAACACACUGAAUGUUUGCUUUAAUGGGUCAAAGGACUUUUGCGAUUACCACAGGUAGCAUUUAAAAGGAUUACAAGGGAAAUGACCAAAAGCGGGCUCCCUCGCGUUCAACAACACACAAAAGGAUUACCUGCAUAAUAACAUGACCACGCCAUCUGUGGAGGAGAACCAAUCAUGAAGGAGAUUACAGUGUGCCACCAGAGGACUCUGUAUAGAGAGUGCAAAUGUUCAGAGACAUAUAAUGUAGAGUUAUUGCUCAGCGCUUUGAGACAAUGCUGCUGCAAAGAUAGUAUACUGCUGCUUUUUACUGUAAAUGGCUGCUUGGAAUUCAGGUCCCCAAUGCAUCUUUGCCUUCCCAAGUGAAAAAUGCUCAUUGACUUUCUUUAUGGGUGAAGCUUUGCUGUUGAGCACAUAAAAUAGCGAAGAUUCUGACAAAAUAUCAAUUAUUCAUAUUCACGUAUCAGUGCUGUUCUGUUGAAUUAAUGCUUUGGUUUCCUCCCCUGGCAGUGCCUACACUGAGCCUUUCCCGAUGAACCCUGUCUCUGCUGGGCUGUCAGCAGACGAAGACCACGGGCGGACCUCUGAGGAAGAAGAGGGGGCUGCAGAACAAUGUUACGACAGACAGGUGAGACAAAGAAAGGCAGGGAUGAAAAUGCAGUCCUGGAGGAUACCAAUUUAUUCAAGGGAUCAACAAGAGGAACAAAGAAAGUCCCAAGGGUCCAAGAUUUCACCUGCAAGUCUUGUGGAUCCAGACAAAAAUGGCACUUUCUCUAGUUAAGAUAGAACACUUUAAACCCUGCAGACUUCCGUACAGUUAGAAACAACCAUUUUACAGUUGCUCAGAGAUGACCUCCUCCCUUCCUGCUGCCACCACAUAAUAUAAGAAUCUUUCUCCAUGGUGGCACUCACAGUUCCUUGUUUCCUUCUCUUCAAAGAAAAAUACGGUAAAUUGAAAUAAAACUGUGGAGGAUGAUGAUCAGAGCGGCCGGAGUCGGCCUCUGGAACAGUUUCAUUCAAAGAAAGUGUGUUUUGGUUGUUUUUAGCGGAAACGAGGAUCAGUUUGUCUUUGAUUCACUGUUUGUGAACCGCCCACACAGGAAAAAAUAACCACGAUACAGAAGCUUUGCCGGUAAACCCCCAAAUGGCCCCAGUGUUAUGUUUUAGUUCGGAUGUUUGGAGUCCCUGUGAUUAGCCUUUAAAUCAAUGGGCAGCAUUGUUGUCACCACACACACACACACACACACACACACACACACAGCCUCUCAUACAUAAUGCAUCUGAAUUUAAGUCCCGUAUUUGAGAAAGCCCUCGUGUCUAUGCCGGACUGUAAUGAAACAAUCAGUCUUAUUUUGACAGCAGAAUCUAACAAAAAAAAAAAAAAAAAAGUGAAUUUGCUUUUUCGCCACUCUCCACUCUUGGCUGCUGCUUUGCUGUUGCUAUUAAUGUUUGAGAGGAGUAAGUGCCCACAGAGAGCCUUUGAACAUUAGCUGUGUUCAUUCAUCUCCCACUGUUCUCCUCCCUGUCACGCAGAUUGAUGGCCGAUCCCGAGCCUUCUACAUUGCCAAAGAGCUCGUCGACACAGAGAGACUGUGAGUAUUCGGCUUGUGGAUUUCCCUGUGUGCACAUCUCUAAUGCACAUCAACAUACACAACAGACAUGCAAAAAAAUCAUGUCCGGGCGUUUAGUCCUUUUGUUGCCCUUACACUGCUGUACCCUCCAAAUGUAUCUUGUCUUCUUCUUUGCUGAUUUGUGAAGCUGCACAGAGACAAACUGACAGACAAUAACACAAGCGUCAUCAUACUUUUUCUUGCCCUCCAAACACUUGAUUUUGAUGUAGUUUUGACACCCUACAGAAUUAAAGUGAUUAAAUAGACAAAUUAACACAGCUAAAGGGAUAUUGCAGCGUAAUUCCGGAGUUAGACACCCCGUCGAGAGAUGAAUGUUGCUGACUGUUUGCUUCUCUAGUUAUACCAACCAGGUAACGACCGCACUAACUUCAUCAACAGUACAUAUACGGUCCCAGCCAUAGCACUAGCCACCAAACAUCUUUUUAGCUUUGCCUGAUUUCUUUAGCAGAGAGACUAAACACAACCCAUCCACUCUCCUCCAGCAGCUGCUUGUUUGUACGGAGAUCUCAGGCGAGUCCAUUUCCCCAGCGGGGUGACGCAGCUCAAGGAAGAACAUUUAUGAUCAUUUCUUCAUGGAAAUGCAAUCAGACCGAAACGCUAAGAAGAACUACCGCAUCUGCAAAAUGAUUAGUAUGAUGAUUAUUACUUCAAGGAAAUGAUAAAGAAAUGAUCAUAAAUGUUAUCAUGCCGUAAAGUUGAUAUAACUAGAGAAGCAAGCGGUCAGCAACAUUCAUCUCUCAACGGGGUGUCUAACUCAGUGUUUGGCCCUAACUUAAUUUUACGCUGGAAUACCCCUUAAAGUUGAAGGCUGUAAAUCUGUAUGUCACCGUUUGACUUAUCUCUUCCCAUUUGUUUUCCAGACAUGUGAGCGCCCUCAAACACCUUCAAGAGGUAAGAAAACCUUUUCCCUCCAUAAAACGAGUGCACAAUAUGAGCUUUAAUUGUCUCCUGCUUAAAGGCCUACUAAACUUUCUGGAGACCCUCCUGAUAAUAUCACAUCCUGUGUGUCUGCUCCCCAGUCUCUGUCUCCGUCUUCUCCUCCUCCCGCCUGUUGCAAGGCUCUGCUUGGGUUUAUCAAUGUUGUUGCAGCGAGAUCUACUUCCUGGUCUUGACAAAGUUGACGUGUCGUACUGUGUUGUGGUCGGUUGUAAGACGACAGCGUGCGUCCACCAGGCGCUCUCACUGAUGCAGUCCGUGUAUCUAAACUGAUAUGUGUACUCUGAUACCCAAGCCACUCAGCUGGCUAUCUGCCAUCUAAAGGUUACGAAAAGGCUGUGUGCCUUUUAUUUUGGUCGUACUUCACACUAACAAGGAGUACCCUAUGGCCGGGUCAUGAAACUGAAAAUGUCAUGAUCAGCAGUAUGGCGAGAGUGUGGUGUUUGCAGGAUAGAGAUUUUAGUUGUUAGCUGUUCAAGUUUUUAGAGGUCAGACAUCACAACCAGGUGUUGUCAUCCUUUUUAUAAUGUCUGCUUGGCUGUUAGUCAUGGCAAGACCUCAAACCUGCACAGUAAAAGUCGAGACUUUCUAAGGCCAUGACUACAAAUACAUGAAUUUGAGAAAACACAGUUUUCCUCUGCAUUUUGUCCUUCCAGUUACACAAAAAUGUAAAUUCGGUCACUGACAACUGAGUGUAUUCAAAUAUGCCUUCUUUGAAACCCUCAUUUUUGUAUGUAUUCACAUGGACAGUGAACAAGUUUUGGGAAAUGCUGAUGUUAUUUCAUCUUGGGCAUUGCAAUUUGUUUUAUUGUGCAUGCACCAAGAUAGCGGGUUAUGUCUAUGUCUAUGUUUAUACAGGCAUGUCUUCAAGGUUCCCCAUAGCUGUACAUCAAAAUUGUACCACAUAUAUCAAAAUAUACCACACUGUAGUGUUUUAAAUUCCCAACCCUGUACAAAAUUUAUGAAGGCUUUGCAAAUGCCCCUUACUGAAGUAGACACUCAGCAUGUGCCCUCUGUUCUUGUAUGGUGUUUGAUGGAUUGUGAUGGACUGAUUACACAUUAUCACCACCUACUGGCCUGGCAUGCUUAUGUUGGCAUUUUCAGCUGUGUGCAUUGUGAGGACAGAGAUAUAUGCAGGAAAACAUCUGGUGUGGACAGGAUUUUGCAAUCAUCAUCAAUCAUCAGGCAGUGCUUUGCAACAUAUGCCUCUUGGGAUUGUUUGCAAAAUUUUCAGCGGUCAGUGUUCAACAACUUCCAGCCGAAAUGUCUUCUUUCUCGUGGCUUUAAUAUCUAGAGCCCUCCUCAAUCCUUUCUGUUUGUGUUUUAGGUGUGUCCCGGUUCAACAGUAGACAUGAAACAGAGACUUCACUUUGGCUUAUGACAGUGGUUUAAGUCCAAAGAAGAAACUUCAUUCCUCAUCAUUGAAAUGAACACAUGAAAAUGAAAACUUAUAUCACACCGUUUCCACCUGUGUUUGCUUUACGCACAGACACAUACUGUAUUUUAACUAUUACUGUCGGCAUCAUGGCCGUAAAUCUGUGCGGUCAGUUGUUUUAGGGCUCUUUAUAUCUCUCUUUAUACGUAUCUUCCUCUCCCACUCUCAGCUCAUACAGUUGCAACAGGUGGCUGCUGACAAUGUGUCUGGUUCUGCUCAAGGUUUCUGCCUGUCAAAAGGACAGUUUUCAUGCCUUUUUUAGCUAAAUGUGCUUGCUCAUGAUGAAUUUAUGAAGGAUCUUUCUAAAUAGUGCCACUAAGAGUACAAUCAGUAUUAAAAGUUUUUGUUAAGAUUACUUUUGUCAUGAUUUGGUUCAUAAAUUUGAUUUAUAUGGCAAUGUAACUAAAAUGCGGUCUUUAAAUUGCUGCUAUUAUUUAAGCAUUGUAGUAUAGGAGCUAAGUUAUUUGAAAUGGUUUGAUUCAUUGGCUGAUAUCUACCUAAAGAUACCACAAAAAUCACAGUGAAACAGUUCAAACAGCUUCAUAACUGAAAAGGAAAUCCCCAGAAGAGGUCACAUUGGCAGAAUCUGCAGAUUGUGUGUAAUGUCGCUCUAUGGUCGAUGUUUUCAGUACAAAUCUGACAGGAAGAGGCAUUGAUGCUGUAAAAGCCCAUCAGUCAGCCUGUAACCUUGAACAAGGUUACAACCUGAAUUUCUUGAGUCCCUCCCUCACCGUGAUUUAUGAAUGCCUACUGGCUGUAUAAAAAGCAGCUGAUUUGGGUAAUGUGUGUAAUUUGAUGCCAUUAAACAGCAACUAAUGCAAAUAUUAUACAAUGGACCUCUCCAAUAUUCAUAAAUCUGCAACCUCAUCAUGAUGCUCAAUUAUAAUAAUUAGCUGCUACAUGCCAGAGUACAGAGAGAGAGAUGUACGUUGUAUGAUAAAGUGGGCAUUAAACACUAAUACUGAAGUGCUACUUAAACUUUAAAAUAUAUAUCCAAGAGUUAUUGAUCCAUUUUCUCUUCUCCUUCCUUAGUGAUACUAUUACACCUAAUGUAAUAUUUUUGCUAUAAUUCAGAGGUGACACUGACUUUUUUUCACCAUGUCCCUGAAUUAUGUAUAAGCAGUGUUAGCGAUCUCGUUAUACUUCAAACUUAAUACAGCAAUAUGUCAAGGUACAGGUUACUGUUUGACACAGACUCAUGUCAUAAUUAGCAUGAAUCUUAGUGGUUUAGCUUGGAAAGAGUCCAGCAUCACUUCAAUUUGAGAGGAGAAAAAAAACAGCCGCAGGAGCGUUAAGUGAGAGGCGCACAUGAGCUAUUGUUCCAUUGUUUGAUAAGGAAUAACAAGAAUACAAAGAAUUUCCAGACCCCGUGUCCACAUAGGAAGGGAGGCCGUGCUCCUCUUUUUAAGGCCUUUCCCUCAAUCAGCUACAUACGAAUCUCAGACUUCUUAUUAUUUUUUUCAUGUUUGGAGCCGCUGACCUCUGAACAGAUUCUCUGGGCUGAGUUAUGACCAAGCAUGACUGGCUGCUCAACCAACUGCUUAACGCCGCUUCUUGACCUGCCUCUCAAGAGGAAAAUAGGGAUAAAGUGGAGAGUGGAGGGUUGAAAUAGAAAGUAAAUCUCAUUCACUGAUCGUAGUGUGUGUGUGCGUGGUCUGGGAGACAGCUAGAGUUGUUAAAGUAGCAGUCCAGCAGCAGACAUGAUGAAUGUUAACUCAUACACAAUCAAUUGCGCAUGAUGAACGGCAUGUUCUGAAGCACCAAGUGUCACUGCAUUAUCUCACGGUCGACUGGGACAACUCUAUUUGUUUUAUGUAUGUGCUGUACUCGCACAAGCUGCAGACAUUAAUCCCUUACAGAUACACUCUUGGUGUAUGACAUUAGCUUGCCAGGAGGCUUUGCCAACAGAAGAAACAUGUGAACAACUUGUAACUGACCAUAUGACAUGACACUUUGGGUAAGCCUGUGAUCCAUCUUAAAAUUAUACUUGUGUUUUCAAUGUGUUACUUGCUAUUGGACAAAACCUUUAAAUGAACAUCUAUCAGAAUGAUGUGAAAACUAAAGGAUAAUAAAGAGAAAAAUAAAGCAAACAUCCAAAUAUUUUGAAUACUGUUAAGAAAUGGAUAAGAGAAGCUCAUACACACUAUAAAGAAAGUACAGUGCAGUGUAACCUAGUGUGUGUGUGUGUCACACUCUAAAAACUCUUAUUUCUUCAACCCAAUUCCUGGGUUAUACAUGUUGAGCUAAAUUUCUGGGUUAUUUUUAAGAUCCAUCCCCAUUUCUUGGGUCAUAUGGAUUCUAUUGUAACCCAAUUUAAGUUUUUUUUUUGAAUGGGUUAAUAAUUAUGGGUCAUUUUUUUGAGAGUAACCCAAUAAUUGGGUCAGAGCGUUGGGUUCGAUUGACUCUACGUGGUUUCUACAUGGCUGGGGUAGCUCAGCGGGUAGAGCAUCCAGUUCCCAACCAGGGGGUUGGGGUUCAACCUGCAUGAGACACAUCUGUAAGGGGCGAACUACAUCUACCUGUGUGGGUCCUUAGGCAAGACCCUUAGCGCCAUGGCCUACCUCAUAAACAUGAGUGUGUACCAUUGAAAACUAAACUGGCUCAGACGGUACAGGUUGUAAAAGCAAAGCUCCUCAAAUGCAUAUAUCAAUUUAACCCAAGUUCAUGAGUCAAAUUAACUCGAAGGUUGGGUUAACUUGACCCUUAAUAAGAGUUAUUGAGUCAACCCAAAACUUAGGUUAGUUUGAAUAACCCAACAUUCUGGUUCAAAAUAACCCAAUAAGUAGUCAGUCCCUUUUCAGCCCUGGUGCUGGGGUUUUUAGAGUGCAGGAAAUGGCUACUGGGUAAAUAAAUUUUAAAAAAAUUCUCCUGAUUUAUUUUUUUUCUUUUGGUCUUCAUUUGCUGAAAAGAGUUUUUUGACUUACAUAAUUCCUCAUCGUAGUCCACUUAGUCUCUGACUCUACAGCUAAAAAUACCUGUUGCCGAUGUUUAAUGCGGGGCUGAACUGUCUGUAUAUUAGUGAAUUUCUUGUCGACAGAAAAGUGAGGAGUAUGUCCACAACAACAUUGUGUCAAAGUACCAAGGUCAUUAUGCAACAACACCUGGUGUGUAACUUUUACAAGCAGCACCGCCUUUCCUGAAUGCCUGGACAGAGCCCAACAUGGUGGGCUGAGGUGAUCUGAAGGGUGGGGGGCAGGAAGGAUGUUUAGGAUGUUUUGACCUUCCUUCUUUACAUUCUUCUCCCACCCUUCAUUACUCAUUCCUUUCCAUGCUUUCCUUUUCUCCCUUUGCACCCCAAAAACUCCUUCCUUUGUGUUUUUCAAUCUUCUACAACCCCUCACUUUUACUCUCUUUUCAAAUCUGUUUCCUUUCUCCUGCACAGGACUUCAGGUCAGCAGUGACAGAGGCGGAGGGUGAUGAUGGGGAGCCUGUGCUUGAGGAGCAGAGGUUAAGGGAGAUACUGGGAGUGCUCCCCCAGGUUUACACCCUCCACAGUGAUAUCCUCUCUGAGCUGGAGGAGCGUGUCAGUCAGUGGUAAGAAACACCUCAGACGUUUACUUUGCUUAAGUUGUGGACCAUCAGUUUUCCUAAUGGUGUAAUCAACCAAUACAGAUACAAUAAACGCAGCAUAGGGUAUUGAAGGCAUGGUUGACGAUUGGAGAAGCAGUUGAAAAAAAACGGAGCUGUUCAGGCAGAUUUGAAAAAAAGCAUCCCUCUCCCCUCUGUGCUCCACGAAAACCUGUUUUGCCCUCCCCAGGACACACCCCUCUGGCAGAGCAAGAAGCCGGCAAAAGAUCCUACGCUAGCUUCAAAUCGGAUCCACUAUGUUGGAUUGCUAGUGACUAGCAGCAGUGCUAGCUCUGCUAGAGAGCACCGUCUGCAGCUGCCUGGACAGCUACCAUGUCGACAUUGGAGAGACAAAUAAGAGUUAUUUAUGAAAGAUGUGCCACAAUUGAAGGCAAAAAUUACUCGUUCAACAAAAACUCUGCUGUAUCGGCAUCUGUUUUCAGGCCCAAAUCCUGGCGGAGCUUUCUCCACCGCUCGAAGGAUGACCCGAUGUUUAUUCGCGUUAGAUUCCUCACUUGGUCACAUUUCCUCCUUGUCUCUGCCCUUUCUUCUGUUGGCCUGUGUUUUCUUUCCAGUUUUGGUGGUGGGGCAUGCAUAAGUGGGUUUUUUUUGCUUCUGUAGCUAAGCUGCUAUGCUACUUUUAGCCACUCAGCGGAGGGCCGGGAGAGUGGGAGGGGACGAGUCGGAGCUACUCAAGAGGGGUGUGUCGAAUAAAGCGAGGUGAUUGGAUGGAGAGACAGAGCAGGAAAUUGACCAAUAGGAGCUGUCCAGGAUGGAUGGCUCCCAUUGGUCAAUGUUUUUGCAGCCCUGCACCUGCUAGGGUGAACGGAUUUUUUCUAUUUUUUUCUCUUCACUUUUUGAAGAUCGCACUAUAGGACCAUGAUCACCAUAUAAAAGAGGUUCAUAAUAAUUACCAAUCUCUCCAAUCGUCAACCAUGCCUUCAAGAUAUAAUCUUUUUUCUCCGCUGUGGUCAAAGUAUAACUUGAUAGUCCUGCUUUAAAACGCAGAGUGUAAGACCUGCAUAAGCAUAAGACCUGGUUUGGCAACUCGCACCCUUUGCUAGAGUGCUUUCAAUAAUUUAUUAACUUCAGUCCUUUUAGAAAAUUUAUCAGAGCUCAAUCUCAGGGAUUUUGGUAUUUGAGAAUAUGUACAAUCAUUUUGUUGCAGAAUUUAAGAUGGAACUUUGGAUUCUAAUCUCAUGUCUAUUGACUAAAUAUAAGGUGGUCAGAAUACUGUUCAAGCAUACUAUCUAGUGGUCAAUGGUUGUUAACUAUCAUAACAAAAUAGAGAAAAUUGAAAACACUGUAUCUCUCCUAAUUCAAGUUUAUUCAUUCACUUUAUUUAUUUUUUAUCUUUAAGCUCCUGUGUAGAUUUAUUGGCCAGUUACAAAACAGUCCAAAAUUAACAUUGAGGCCUCUAUUUAACUUACAAAAGCAAGCAAGACUAAUUGCAAAAUUACAAACAAUCUCUUCAUUAUAAUUUUAAUGCCUGUAAACAUUGUGAGAGGGUAGGUGUCAGGAAGCCUUGUUUUCUUUUCCUACAGCAAAGAGUCAUGUUGGUAUUAAAUUUAUGAAAAGUAAAAUCAUAUUUUCUUUGUCAAAAGACACCCGGUAGAAGAUUAGCCAAGAGAUAAGAGGUACUUUGUCCACUAGGGGAGCCAAAAUCAUACAAAUAUAAAGCUACAUACGGGAGCUUUUACUGUCAUUGUGUUAGUAAUUAAUGAUAAAUGUGCUUUACAGGGAGGAGAGCCAGAGGGUUGUAGAUGUGAUCCUGUCACGUCAGGAAGAUUUUCGCAUUUUCGACACCUACAUCUCAGAGUAUGACCGCAGCAUGUCGUUACUGGAGGAGAGCUGCAGGAGCAACCUGGUUUUCACAAGCAUUGUCAAGAAAUUUGAGGUACAAACUCAAAGAGACACAUCUAAAUGAAACCGCUGUCAGCUGUGUCUGUGCUAAUAGUUUGAUAUGUGUCUUUUCUCAUUUCCUCCCUCCUUUCUUGUGUAGGUUUUGCAAGUGUUUAAUAUGCAUAAGUAUUUUGAAAGCCGCUUACUGAAAUUUCAGGUUUACUCUCCAUGUUUGCGGCAUGACAGUGAAGCCUUGUGGUUGUGUCCAGGGCCUGAAUAUGAACCUGGUUUUUCCUCUUACAAUUAUUCAAACCUUCAACCAAGAUUGUGUCACCCAGCUUCUAUGUGGCAAUAAGGGCUUCUCCAAAUCCUGCUCUUCUCUAUGAAACUGACCUUUCCACCGCCUUGACCGCAUAUUUUAUUCCCUCUCAACACCAAAGACUCAUUCUUUGUUCAGCAUGGCUCUCCUUAUCCUCUGUCCUCCCUGGAGAGCAGUGAAGAAGGAUUUGUGUGACAAGAUCAUAUUUCAGCCAUAGCUCAUGUACUUCUAUGGUACAGAUUGUAUGCUUGGUCCACUUAUUCAACACUUUAUCCUUAUAUAGAAUAGGAAUGGGUAUAUACUCAGCUUUUGAAUAAAAGACAGGAUAUUAAGAGAGCCUACAGAUAAGACUAAAGCGAUAGAGUCAUAGUUUUCUCAUUUUCUAUGCCGCUGUGUGUUGACCUAUAGCUCUGAUCCCAAUUUUGGACAUAGGCAAUGUCCAACAAGGAAUUGUUAUGGGUGAUUUUAAUACUUAAGUUUGUGUAUUACAGAGCCAAAAAGCCUCCAACUAGCUUUUAUUUAGAUUAGGUCUUCUCAGAUGUACACACUGCUGGUUCUACGCUAUGUUCUGAUUUGCCGUGAGUGGAUGACACUAUGGUUCCAGGCGCUUCUAGUUUGAUAAGAAAAGCGAACGGACAAGGCACCAACUGUCUGCCCUCAUGAAUAUUCAGCCGCAGCUGCCCCAUGCCAAAAAAAUGUUGGUUCUGCCAGACUUCAGUGAAGUUAAUACGAAAAGAGAGGAGUGAAGGUGAGAUGGGAAGACUGUGAACCAUCACUAUGGUUAGCGAAUAUUUACCCACAGCUAACCACAAUGUAUUUUCACAGGGUAGCCUAUUUUAACUUGAACUUAAGCCAUUGACUCCUUAUAAUAUAUAGUAAUGUUCCACUUAGAUAUCGCCUCAAAGAUCGGUGUCUACAAUCAUCUUGGCAAAAUUGUAAAAAGAAAUCAUCUCAUCUUACAAACACAAGUUCAGUUUUCUGUAGAAAGGUUACUCUGAAAAAUAUCCUCCACCAUUUUUUCUCACUCGUGUCUGAGACUCCUCUUACACUUUAAAAUUGACGCCCAGAGGCUUCUUCACUAACCCUUUUUCUCACCUCUUUGGCAGAUUCACCACACCUGCCACUGCACAAUCACACCACAUAUUAUAUUUACGUUUCCCAUAUUGCAUAUAAGCCUGUUAUCCGGGGUCUACCCCCCCAACCUGCUGCACCACGUUGGUGUGUGUGUGUGUGUGUGUGUGUGGGUGUGUGUGUGAUGGAUGCUGUGUUGAAUCAGAGCACUGCCCGGGGAAUAGAAAGGUGUGUGUGACCUCACUGUAAUGAGGGAGAAGGGGAGCCGAGGGAGAGCAGGGAGGAGUGUACGGGUCACAGGAUGAACUGCACUCACUACUGAGAACGACAUCAGUCAUUUAUCUGCUUGCUUUGUGACAGAACACAGAUCAUUACACAUAAGAGGAGUGGAAAAACAGAUCUGAAUGUUUUAGUUCCACACUUACAGACAUUUUCUCCCUAUUCAAGACUACAACACUUACCUUUCUUAACACCCCUUUUUUUUCUUCCCCUUCCUGCUGCUGCGGUUUAGUGCUACCAGCCAAAGUGCAGCGGUUUAAGAGGUAGUAAUUUCAUUGUGGAUGUGGCGAUGACAGUGAUGAAGUAGCCUCAGACCCUGAUCGGAUCAGAGCUAGACCCUUACAGGAUUAAAGCCUCUUCUCCACAACCAGUUCCCUGUUUACUGCACCAUCUAUAAACAUUGGUGUGAGCUUGUCUGUGUGUGUGCGUGUGUGUACAUGUUGGUGUCCCAGCUCUGUUUGAGAAACUAUUGUGUCUGGUUGUUAUGCAGAGACAUGUUCAUACAAAAAAAUUGUGCAGAUCUUUUGAAACUUGUUUUAUGAAAUGUCUUUUCAAAGCUACCCCCAGCUUGGAUUUAUAUUCACAUCAUGGCUCUUUUUUUGUGUGUGUGCAUGUGUGUGCAGCCUGUGUGUGUUUUCUCUGUGCAAGAAGCCCAGGAGGAAUUGAGGAGGAGGAGGCUGUGCAGCAGGUGGACAGAGAGCGAUAGAGAGAGAGAGCGAUAGAGUGAAUUCCUUGUAAAGGCAGCUGGGCAAUGAGGCAGACAGAAGCUAAUUAGAGAAGCAGUCUCCUUUACAACUCCCCAAUUAGAUCAGCCGUGUGUGUGUGUUUGUGCGUAUGUGCAGCAAAUCAGGUGGCUGUGACACAAUCUGAAAAGUGCGCUUGUUUGUCCCUGCAUAGAAGUGUGUGUGUGUCCAUCUCUCAGCAUGAGGCAUCACACGCUCCCUCUUCCCUCCACCCCUUCCAUUUGGCUCAAGCACCCAAACAAACCGCACACUAAUUAGCAUCUCUGGAAAGCCACUUCUUCUGAACAAGUGUCAAUUGGAUGACAAUUUACAAGCGACACUUGAGCAGAGUGGGUGCUUGGAAGCAGAGCUGGUUUAAUGAUAAAGAGACAGUUAUUAUUGUCAUAAAUGGCCCGAGCGGUGCUGAGGAUAGAAGGGCAAGAGAGAGAGGGGGAAGUAAAAGAGCAGCACAAGUGUAGGGAUGUUCUCUGCGGAUGAAAGUUAAGGCGAAAAGACAGAAAAGAGAGAGAGUUUCUAUCUGUGAAGGCUUCUGCAUUAAAAGAGGCAUCAGCUCUUUGUUGAACUUCCUGACUCCUGCUCUCCAGAUGGUGAUAAUGAAGACAAAGAGCGGUGUGUUCAACUUGCAUCCCAUCCCUCCCUUAUAGGCUAAUCAGUGUUAUCUCAUCACUAGCCUAAGGUCUGUGUGUGUGUGUGUGUGUGUGUGUGUGUGUGUGUGUGUGUGUGUGUGUGUGUGUGUUAGGGAGUCUAUCAAUAAUACAUUGUACUUGUUUGUGAAAGUGUGAGAUGAGUUCAGUGUGUUUUGUGUGUUCCUGUGUGUUUGUGCGUGUGCAGUAUAAAUAAGAUGAAGAUGCUGUUUCCCGCAGGGUGCUAUCUGUGUCUCUCUAAUGUAGGGUAGGACUUCAUUGGAUUAGAAAAGACGACGUGACUCUGACUCUGUGUGUGUAUGUGUGUGCGUGCGUACGUGCGCGGUCCCCCCGUUGCUUCUCCAGAGCUCAGGGCAUAAAUACCUGUCAGAUACAAUUAGAUCCUGAUUGAUUUUCCCAACCUCUCUUUGAUUGUGCCAAUUUCUGCCCCCUUUCACCUGCAAAUGACUGUUCUGAGAAGAAUAGGAGUCAUGGGGGGUUUUGUGGGCUGGAAAGACGAAUGAAGGUCAACCAGAGAGGCUGUGUUCCCAUGGUCAAUUCUGACCUUGACUCACAGUACUGUGUGAGAAAGGGUAUACGCAGCAAGACAACACAGGGGUGUGGUUUGAUGGGUGCUGUCCAAGGUCUAACACUAAAUAAUGCCUUUUAGCAUAUUUUCCACUAACAAUUCAGUAUAGUUAUACUUACAGAUAAGUAUUAGUCCACAUGUUUUAUCUACUUGAUGAAUUCUUGUUUGUUGAUUAAUUCUACUAGAGAUCAGAAGCGCUUCAGCAACACUUGUAGUUCAGGAAACAACUUCGUCAGGGUCAUCAGGGUCAACACUACAAGUGUUGCUGAAGCUCUUUUGAUCUCUUCAAGAUCUUUUCUCUCUAAGCACCGUGGAAGUUGGUGAAGUUUUGCCAGAACUUUUGACCUUUGAUUAAUUCUACUGUAAUGUACACUCAUUGUGUAUGUGUCUUUAUGUGUGUGCAUGUGCAGACAAGAAGUCCAGAAGAGGCUGAAGUCCCUCUGAAGCACCAGCUGUUGCAGGUCAUUGUGAGAGUGCUGCAGUACCGAAUGCUCCUCACAGGUAACACACAAAAAACACUUGUACAAAUUAAUACUUUUUGUUAUCCUCCUUGCUGCAAUAAUUACAGGAUAAGUAUAAGUCAUGAAAGCAAUGCGUGUGAAAGAGUGUCUGACUUAGUGGAUGUAAAUAACGGUGCAGUAAUCACUUAAGCUUGCUUACUUUAGCCCACAGAAGCUACAGUUUGCUCUGGUCAGUGUUUUCAAGACUUUUAUUUUUUAUGUUAAACGACAGAGUUGUAAUUUACCUCUCCUUCAUUUAAUCCGCGAUUGCCAGAGAAUGCAGAGUGCUAGCAUAAGUUGCUGAAUCAGCAUUGAAUGAGCUGCCCCUGCACACCUUUUGUAGCCAGUUUAAAAAAGGGCAACACUACCUCUUAUGAUGCAUCAUAAGCACAUUUAUGAAAGCUUAAAGAUGCAUCCAUAAGACUUCAUAAUAACCCUUAUGACUGAUUUUAAGCAUUCAUAACACCAUAUAGCAGUGUUAAUGAAGUAUAAUACACAGUGAUAAUGUCUUUUAAAGGUGUGGUUUGUAAUGUUUUAAACCUUUAAGCAAAGGAGAAAAAAAUAUGAUGAUAAAUCGCUAACACUUUACUUGGCACCUAUCUCUAUAAUGCAUUAUAAAUAUAUGUAUUAUGUGUUAUAAUCCCAUUAUAACACUGUAUAACUAUAGUUAUAAACACUCAUAAAUGAUCAUAAUGCUCUAUAGCAAUAAUCAUAACACAUUAUAAAGUAUUUUACCAUGACUUACAAGGUCAGGUAUUAUAAUGUGUUAUGAUUAUUGCUAUAAAGCAUUAUGAUCAUUUAUGAUUGUUUAGAACUAUAGUUAUACAGUGUUAUAAUGGGAUUUUAACACAUUAUACAUAUAUUUAUAAUGCAUUAUAGAGAUAGGCGUCAAGUAAAGUGUUAGCUAUUUAUCAUUAUAUUUUUUUUCUCCUUUGCUUAAAGGUUUUAAACAUUACAAACCACACCUUUAAAAGACAUUAUCACUUUGUAUUACACUUCAAAAAACACUGCUGUAUGGUGUUUUAUAACACAUUAUAUUUGUAAUGUGUUAUAGAGAUAGGCGUCAAGUAAAGUGUUACCACGAGUUCUUUAAUAACCUGAAAGGUAAAGUUGUGAGACAUAUAAUGUGUUAUGAAACCCAGAAGUUAAAAGAUGCAUAUAGUGCGUUAUAAACCAUAACUUUAUAAGAUAUUAUGCUCACUGCUUAUAACACUUCAUAAACACUGCUAUAAGCUGUUAUGGAUGCUUAUUAUUACUCAUAAGAGCUGUUGUGAAGCCCUUUGGUGUGUUUAUAAGGAUUAAUGUGCUUGUGAUGCAUUGCAGGAGUUUGUAUAAAGUGUUACCAAGUGAUUCAAAUUAUAAUUGUGAGCACCAUAUUUUCAUGUCUGGACCAUUUUUUUGUUUGUUUUUCCAGAUUACCUGAACAACCUCUCUCCAGACUCUAAAGAAUAUGAGGACACACAAGGUAAACCUAAUAAAUGAACCUUUGAGAUGUUUCUAACUCUAUCCUGUAGAACAGUAUCUUUUAAGAAGUCAAACACACACACUAACACUGACACACUGCAGCUGCUGCACAUGUAUCAGGCUCUACUUGUUGAGUCGCAGUUACUGAGUGUUUCUUCACUGAAUUUGGUUGCCCGUAAAUCUCUCUCUCUUGCUCUUUCUGUUUGUGUUGCAGCUGCCUUGGUGAUUGUGUCCGAGGUUGCAGACCAGGCCAACGACAAUCUAAAACAGGGGGUGAGUUCACGCUGGAUACUCUCUGUGUGUUUUGAUCACUUUGAUCACUGUUUAGCCCCUGUUGCGUUUUUGAUAUAUUCACCACCCAGCAUGUUGCUAUUGAGGCACAUCUUUAUAUCCCGCUUGGCAAUGAAAGAGCAAUUUUCUGACACAGUUCAGGCGUGAAGAAGUUAGACAGCCGAGGUCUUCUGUGGAUAAAUUCCUUUAAAUGACAUGCAGACACAUGGAGAGGUCUUUGGCGAAGGCCUCUGUGGCUUGUAGAGUUACGCAAAGGGGCGAGGAAAGAUGAUGUCAUCACAAAGUCCCAGGUGUAUCUUUACAAAGGGAGCAGUGUGAGGGUGGACCAGACUUACGCUCCCCCUCAAACAUGAGCAGUUCAUGGAGAUAAUUCAUGGACAUCCCCCCCACGUGUUUCUCGCCUCUCACUGUCAACAUCCCUUGUGCCUCACUUUGGCUCUCCUCCUGUUUAUCACACUCCCUUUCUCUCUUUUCUAUACACACUGACACACACACACACAGGCUGACAGACAGUGAAAACACAGGAUCCCUCUAUCUCUCACCCUCGCUUAUUCAGUAUCUCAUCCCUUUCCGCCUCCCUCUCUUUCAUUCACAAACAAACACAGACAGUUUCAUUCUCCUGUCUCCUCUUCCGUCCAUCACUGGAUAAUCUCCCCCUAUCUGUGUGCUGUCUCUGCCUCCUCAGGAGAACCUGCUGCGUCUGGUCCAUAUAGAGUACAGCAUGAAGGGAAAGAGGGACCUCCUGAAGCCUGGACGGGUAAGAACCACAUAGCCUCUUCUGGCCAGUGUUACUGUCCCACUAUCAAAACGCAGCUCUUACAGGCCUUCACAGCAUCAAAAACAUGGUUUACACUAGCAGCAGACCGUCGACUAAACAUACCCAUCCUAUCACCUCUUUACAGAUGUUCGUCAAAGAGGGCACACUCAUGAAGGUAUCAAGGAAAAGCAGGCAGCCAAGACAUCUCUUUCUGGUAAUAUUGCUAUCUCUUUUUCAUUUUUCUUCUUAUUUUUGUACACAUUUUUAUAUGAACAUAUAUUCUCUCUCUGUAUACGUCCCUGUAGUUUAAAGCUUCUGUGGGGAACCUUUUGUAUGUAUUGACUUUGGCGCCCCCUGUGGUCAAAGUAGCAACCCGAAAAUGUCAACGUCAAUGUCAGCUUUAUUUAUAUAGCACGUUUCAAAACAGCCAGUGGCCUACCAAAGUGUUUUACAGUAAAAACAAUAAAAACAAUAAAAACAAUAAAAGCAUAAAACAUAUUCAAACAUAAAACAACAAUAUAGAUAAAUGUAGCAAAUAAAUAAAAUACCCAAUAAAAGUUGCUAUACCUCCCCAAAAGCUAAAGUAAACAGGUGAGUCUUCAGAAGUGUUUUAAAAGUGGAAAGGCUGUAAGCAGUGCGCACUGUCAGGGGUAAAGCAUUCCACAAAGUGGGAGCCACGACAGAAAACGCUUGAUCUCCCCUAGAUUAGGAACGUCUAAAACCACCUGAUUAGCUGACCUCAGGGCUCUGGAGGGCUGGCGCAGUUUAACAAGGUCAGAGAGAUAUUCCGGGGCCAGCCAUUCAAAGACUUUCUUAAAACCAUUUCUUAAUCGCUGCUGGUUUCAUCUUGUCCCUUUGACAGAGGUGUAAACUGACAAAAAAGAAAAACAAACUCCUGUAGCUGUCUUACUCGUUCACUCAAUGUGGAUUUUUGCUGUAAGAAAAGUAACAAAGGCUGUUUUUUCAGCAUUACAGGCAUUAAAAAUAGUGUUAUAGACAUUGUUGUUCUUGUCAUUGAUGGUCUCAGUUGCUGUCAUUUAAUUUUAAUUAUAGAAAUAGUUAUAGAAAUGCAUCACUGUUUGUUUUAGUCUGUUUCUACAAAACAUUCUGCCUACCAGCACCUUUGAAUUUCACUUGUUAGUACCUCACAACUGCCUUGUGUAAAAAUGACCAUUUGUGGUGCUGGCAAAACAAAAGAAAAGAAAGAAAAAUAAGUGGCAGACCACAACUCAUUUAGAGCACUGGCUUUCUGAAAUCUAUAAUUUCUUACCAACUUUGCCUUGACACAAAGAAAGGCUAGCUGUUUUUCCCACUUCCUAGUCUUCAUAGCAUGCUAACCACCUGCUGGCACUGGAUCCGAUUUAUAUGGAUGGAAUUGAAAGUGAUUCCAGUUUUCUCAUUGUAGUCCCUGCUCUCCAACAGUGAAGCUGCUUUUUGUAUGUUGUAAAUAUCCCAUUUGUUUGUCACUAUACAGUCUAGAUUAACUUGACUUAACCUUGUCCUGUUUUGAGGCUCUGUAUAUAAUUAAUAAUCAAUCAUUUUAACCCAAUAAAGAGAAAUCAAAAAAAUAGAUUCUGACCUUUUGACUGUAACAACAGUAUGAGGUGAGAAAUAGCAGAAAACACCUGUCACAUUGCUGAAAAAGUGGCACCGACAAAGUUAGCAUUGUCUGUGUAAAUAUCAGGGAAUGUUGGGCGGAGGUCAGUCUGUGAGUUAGGUGAGGUUUGAGGUGGAGGCACGAGGCCAAGGCUGUUAGACCUCCACUCUGCACCACACCCACCUAGAGAGGGCCUCCCUCACCGUUCUUCUCCUCUCCUCUCAGGGCUUGUUUUCCAGGGCCCCACUUCCUUACAGGAUGUUUGGUGUGGGUCACUGGAUGCUGGCUUCCUGUGUAUUGGGAGUGGACUGACAGCAAAGUGAAGGCCAGACACCCUGUAGAAUGCAGGGAGGAGGAGGAGGAGGUGGUGGUGCUACACAAACACAUAACGUGAAAGAGAGAAACCCAUUCUAUUGUUCAGAGUGCAGUCUGUGCUGUCUCAUGUUAUGAAAUAUUUCUCAGCUUGAUAUCCACAAGAGCUGCUUUUGUGUUCCUGGCUUAAAGCGUUUGAUCCAAAGAGAAUAUAACAUCAAGAUUUCAAUUUAUUUAUCUUCAUUUUGCUCCGUUGGUCUCACCGUCCUUCCAAACAAGAGUGCGGUUUGGUGGAUGAUACUUGAAGGCCAUUAGGGUUUGAUGGCCAUUUGCUGUCUUCAAGUCGAUGGCUUCAGUGGGUCAGGUGUUAUUUAUGGGCUUUUAAGGAAAGCGAUCUAAACAACAGCGAAGAUGAAAGUAAUCAUUCACCUCAGAGACAGAGAAGCUCAGACCAUGUCACAAAUCUGGGCUUCGCAAAGAAAAAAGACAAGGAGAAGGAUGGAGUUACAGAGAGCUGUCAGAGGGAUACAAAUGUGACCAAAAAGGAGGUGAGGUGUUAGUGGAGGAGAGGAAAAAGCGGCUGUUAAAAAGAGAAAUGACAUAAAGUUGGUAGAUGCUGUUUCUCAUCUGGGAAAGUGGUUUGUGAAAUCCCUUCUCUUGGAACUCGGAUGCGUUCCUCUGGAAGGAAUCUUUCAGUAAUUGAGCAGCUCAGGGUGGAGCAGACAGACUGUAGCGGCUUUAACCCAGAGGUCGCAAGCUUGGCUAUCAUGCACUGUUUUGUCUCCAGCCAGCCAGCCUCUGCGCUUGUUACUGUUACUGUUUGUGUUGUGUUUUUGUUGUUGUUGUUGUGGUGAAGGUAGUGGUUCCACCCAGUCAUGUUUCUCGGUGCAGCCUGUGAAGUGCUGGGAGUGUGAGGAGAGGCCAGGAGCCCGGAGCAGGGUGGAGAAUUCCUGGAUGCUGCCUUUACUGCCCCAGCGGAUGUUUAGAGCACACAUUAGGUGUGACCAAUGAUGUCAUCUCUUUUGUCUUGAAAAAAAAGACUGAAAUACCUCUGGCAACACAAUGGACCUUCAGUUUGUUCACAGGAUCACAAUACUUUCAGUCUGACAAGCAAAUAAACACGUUUAAUGCCUCAUUUGUGCUGUGUGAAAGUCGGGUGCAUACAUGGGAAUUUUUGUAUUUGGGGGCUGAAAAGACGUGUCUAUCCACUGUGAAAGGAAACAGAAUAUGACGAGCUUGGUCCAGGAAGUUGCUUUCAGUGAAAAAAAGAAUAAGUAAGAGGGGUUUGUGCAUGGUAUUUUUCUGAAGGUAACACCUCCACCUUGUGGUCGUUAGCAGGUACUUCAGUCUGAAUUGCCAGAAGUAGAGCUUCAGUCUUGUAGCCCAAUGAGAUUGCAAAUUUUUGAUUGCCUCGCUUUCUUUUAUAACGUGUUAUAAACAAAUGAAUGACUUCUUGAUUAUUUCUUUUUUUCCCUUUUUAUAUGUUCUGUAGAUGAACGAUAUAAUGCUGUACACCUACCCUCAACAAGACGGCAAAUACCGGCUUAAGAACACACUGUCCCUGUCUGGGAUGAAGGUAUACCACUUACUCCGUCUCUUAUGAUCUCAAGCCCAAUAAAGUUUUGAAUUUUUUUUUCAAUAGCCCACCUGUGGUGUGUUUCUACCCCUGUCACAGGUGAGCAAACCUCUCCUGGAGAAUGUGCUGAAUUGUCUCAGGAUUGAAGUGUCCGACAUCACAAUCACACUCUCAGCCAGGUGAGUGAAAACACGCCUUUUCUCUUUUUAGCACCAUAUUCUCUCCAGACAUUAACACUCUUUUGUUUGUUGCUCUCUUAAGCUCGGUUGGAGAGAGAGAGGACUGGUUUCACACACUGAGUCGAGCCAUCGCAGACCAUGCAGCAGGACUGUGUACAUUUGGUGGGCCCUGCAGUGAGGUAUUGUUGUACUGUUGUUGUCCUUGCAGGCUCUUUCUCACUCACAGGAAUGUCAUCUUUUGAAAUCUCAGCAUCUUUCCCUAAUCAUCUUAUAUCCUGUUUGUGUUUACAGGCCCGUGAGAAGUUGUGGAUGGCGCUGGGUGAGGCUGCUCCAGUGCUGGUUCCAGUUUCUCACGUGAUGAUGUGCAUGAACUGUACCUCUGACUUCAGCCUCACACUGAGACGACAUCACUGCAACGCUUGUGGCAAGGUCACACAGAACUGUUAUCAGGGUUUAUUACAGCUGUUUUGCUUGGCACAUUUUGUAUUUGCCAAUGGUUUGUUAAUCCCAUGACUCAAGUUUUUAAUUCAGUCAUUACAAACCAUCAAAUGAGACAUCAAAUUGGUUGCCAAACCAAUGACAUGCGCUGGAAUAAUGUGAUUUUAGAAUUGGCUUUUUUAAAACUCACACUGUGAGAAUUUAUACUGAUUUCACUAAUGGUUAUUUCUUCUUUGGGCCAAAAGUCACUUAAAUCGCUUAAUUGUCUUUGUAUAUUCUCUGUCUGAGCAGGUGGUGUGUCGAGCCUGUUCCAGAAACAGAUACCCUCUGAAGUACCUCAAAGACAGGGUAGCCAAAGUCUGUGACCACUGCUACGCUGAGCUUAGGAAACGAGGUGAAUCUUAGCGUCCUGUAGGAGGAGUAAAGAGGCAGUUAAGUGUAUCCUUGUGUUUUGCUUCUUCUUUAAUUUGGUUGUUCACGUGUGUUCAUGUGUAGGAGGCAGCGUGUCUGGGGCUUGCAGUAACUCCAGUCCUCGGACUCACCGGGCCAGCCGUCCGCUCUCUGCUGUCUUCCAGAGCCUGCAGCCACCAAGUCUGUGGAAAAACAGAAAGAGCACCCUCUCUCUGAACCAGGUGGACUAUAUUUUCCAUCUAUACCUAGACUUCUCUGUAAACAUUGAAAGUCUGAGAAUGUGGCAUUCAGGUCCAAUUUUUAAAGUACUUUAUUAAACGUUUUCUCAUUAAUUUCAUGUUUACUUCCUCUUGAAAUUUUAGGAUGAAUGAUGAUGUUUAACUCUACUUAAAUGCUAGUUAAUUUUAGGAUGCAAUUGUCAACUGUAGUACUUCUAGUAAGCAGAUGCAGGACUGAUCAAUGUUGGAGACGAAAGCUGAGAAACGGGAAAAACUGACUGAAACAUCUUUGAUUAUUCACCUCCUCACAUCCUCUGUCUGCAAUAUAAGAAGGCUCUUAUUCUAAUAUUUCCUGAUGUUGUACCAAUGAGCUCUAACAAAGGUGAUGAAUCCCUUUCUUUCAUUAAAAAACAAGUACAAAAGUAGCUCUGUUUUGAUCACAUUAUCUGGCAACACACUUACUGUUAAUAUUGACCAUUUUAUCACCAUGUCGGAGAGUGUAAGCAGGAUCCUUAUAGCAUUUCCUGUGUGAUGACACAGCACAACUGUAAGUGUAUCAUUAAUUGUAACAUAAUGAGGUGUUCCCUGACCGGGAAUCGAACCCGGGCCGCGGCGGUGAGAGCGCCGAAUCCUAACCACUAGACCACCAGGGACCUGUAAAUUCAGGUUAAACUUGUUUGGUUGAAUCCCUGCUCUGUGGUGAGGUCUGCUCAGCUGUUCCUGUCAGUGUAGAGUAACAAACAGCUGCCAGAAGAGUUCACUGUCUGUCUGUGUGAGGGGGCGGGACUAACCAUAGCAGAGAGGUAUUUCAGCUGUUCCUACACUGACAACUACAUUUACUGUUGUUAUUCUGUGUGUCAUGUGUUUUCCAUCAGGUGGCGCUGGCAGUGGAGGGCUCCACCAUGAGCGGCAGCCUUCAGCGCCGGAAAAAGAGCAAGAGGAAAUGGAAGCGACUGUGGUUCCUUCUCAAAGACAAGGUGCUCUACACCUUCACAGCCCGUGAGGUGAGGGGGCACAGAGUCUCCCACACCAGCCCCAAAACACUCACACACUCUCAUGAUCAGUCAAUCACACUUUUUAUCUAUCCUUUUUCCUCUGCAUGUCUUCCCUAUCCCAUCCAGAGCUGUUUCAGACUCAUGAUGUAUUUCCACCUCCUGUGCAGAACACUUCCGGUCAUGAACUGAUCCUCUGUGCCCUCUUUGUUUCUUACACCUGAGAGUUUGCCCUGCUCUCUUCCUCAGGCAUUUAAUUCUCUGUGUUUGCACACUCCCGCUGACAGUAAUGUGACAUUUGUUUUAAACUUGUAUGCCUGGGUUUUUUUGGAUUCUUCAGGACAAAGUGGCUUCAGAAAGUCUACCACUGCAAGGCUUUACUGUCAAGCUGACUGAAAGGCCAGAGGGAGAGGAAAGCAGCAACAUGUUCCAUCUCUACCACAAGAAGACCCUGUACUACAGCUUCAGAGCCGACGAUCAUCACACAGCACGCAGGUGAGCACUGGUGCUGUUCUAUAGAAAUGAUGGCCGUUACACAAAUUAAUAGUUUCUCACUCCACAGAUGAAUAAAACACCACACACCAAGGUGGAGGGAUCAGGUAGAGCUCCAAGCUUUGGAACAAAAUCUCCUCACUCCUGCCUAAACAAGAACUUCAUGUAACCGUGGUUACAUGUCACACAAAUAAUAGGAAGUUUAAGUCAAUGACCAUUUUGCAGACUCACAAAGAUCACCCAACAAAAUAAGACAUUUGACAUGAAAUUCUCUUUAACAGCUCUUCAUUUUUUCAACCACCUUAAUAUUUCAGUCUGAUGUCUACGGUCAUCACUGCCAACUCCCUAUUGAUGAGUCUAACAGCCCACAAGCACUCCAGACUCAGACAUUUUGAAUGGCACUCAUAAAUUAAUGAAACCUUGUCACAUUAGAAGUUACCCAGGGUUUAGCAUUUAUGUGUGUUUUUGUUUGUUUGUUUGUUUGUUUGUUUGGUGGGGAUCACAUUAUCUACACAGACAUUAAUGUAAAAUGUCUCUACUUAAGUGUCUUCAUUUUCUGAUUCAAACAUUGUACAUUUAAAACAACCCUGUAAAGCUAAAUCACUGUCAUUCUCCACAAUUUCACACAUCUUGAUUUAGGUUUGCCAUUGGUGGUAAAAGCACUACAUAUGCCAUGGUCAAACGCUCCUACUGGUUACUUCCCGGCUGUCUUGUAACCAGCUUUGAUAUUACCACAGCCAAGAUAGUCUUUGAUCCUAAUGUCACAGAGCAGCCAUUUAAGUUGCCCAGUAGAGGUUUUGGUGCAUUAGGGAAGGUGACUCCUUUGUUUCUGAUAAUGCUGCUGGGGAAUGAAUCAUCUUUGUGGCUGCUUCUGGGGGAAAGUUUACGUAAUCUGACUUGUUGUGGUGGACCCUCUAGAUGAGUGUGUCAGUGGUGCAGAAUCGUGUGGAGACAGGGUGAGCCAGUUUUGGUAAAGGCCAUAGACUGUAUAUAGAAUGGAUGCCGCCUUCCCUCUCUUUUGAUGAAGCCACCAUGAGAACAGCACCCUCUGAUGAUGGGCUUCAGUAUAGGUCAUUAAUCCUGCCUCCUCCAGCAAUCCCUAUGGAGCUGUGGACGAACUUUACAAGUUAAUUGCACAGAAUAUAUAUUUUUUUCCACCAUGGUACAGCUACAUUUUUAAAGAUAUCUGGGGGUUCAUGUUUUUUAUGAUUGACACUUAAUACAGUCUAUGGGCGUACGAAGAUUGCGCUGUUUGAGCCGAGAGUCAUCACAGCGUACGUACAAUGCUACUGUGCAAGUGGUGGAGUGCGUACAAUGGCACAGCAGAAGUGGUAUUUAUAGGGAGUGGAGAAAGUACUGAGAGCAAUUUGGCUUUAAAUUCAUACAAUGACGAAAGGUAGAACCAAGUUGUCCCUUGUAUAUACAGUCUAUGGUAAAGGCCUACUGAGAGAUAUGGGAUAGACGCUGCUUUAACUCAGCACUGGGGUCACAGCCCCUGCGAAAAGCACAUUCCCUGACCGGGAAUCGAACCCGGGCCGCGGCGGUGAGAGCGCCGAAUCCUAACCACUAGACCACCAGGGAGUGUUCUGUAAAGGGAAACUGGCAUGUCUGGAAUGUGCAUAUGAGUAGGGUAGAAAGUGACAGUAUGAUGGUUCUCAUAAGAGACAGUGAGGGUUCCUCCAUAUGGUUUCAUAACAUGAGGUUUAAUUUAAGCAAAGUUAUUCAGGUUGACAAUGUUGAAAGGGCAACAUUAAAAUGCUUCAUUUUCUUGUCUUUUAGAUGGGUCAAUGCCAUGGAGGAAGCUACAGUUUUAUAGCAGCUGCUCUUUAAAUGAACACACCCCGCUGUCUGUGACUGCUACAACACAACAAAGCUACCUGCUGCAUCUGAACUCAGUCCACUGAAAAACAUUCACCAAGACCAGCUGGCAAAUAUUUUGACAGUUUCUUACAGGACAAUAACCAACAGGAGGGACUAAGACAAGGCUGCCGGUUGGUUGAAGUCAGAGGAUGCUACAGUGAGGACAGAGAAAGACAGAAAAAGGGAAGUCUGGUUGGUGGGAUCAAAUUUCUCCUGAUCUCAAUGUGCUGAUCUAACCCACUUAGAUGGAGCCGUGUCCUUUAAAGGCAGCUUGGAAACUUCAAAUGCUUUACUUUAAGGACAUUUCGUCCUCUCUGUUUUACAUUUUCUCAAGACCAUCCCAACACAAGUUUUUUAUGUCCCUUUUUAUGCUUUUUAAAUAAAUGUUACAGUCUUUUACCACUGGAUUAUUUAAUCAUGUAUUUGUUCCUGCAGGAGAACACCACAUCUUUGGUUUCAUUGUAUGUGAGCCAGUCAGCCAGCCUUGAUUCUGUGAUGGAUUUGCCAUCAUUGGAAAACAAUAUCAAAACAAACUAUGCUUUGGUAAUAUUUGCAGCUAUAAUAAAGGAAAAUAUUGGUCAACGUUUCAGAGAGAUAUUUGGUAUUUGAAAUAUAUAUUGUGAAUUAUAAAAUGCAGAUAUUACUGGAUUGUACUUAUUUGUAAAGAAAUGUUGUUACAUGAUGUUCUGAGUUAGAAGUCAUUUUAAUCAUCACAGUGUUUGAAUAUAUAUUACCUUUGGAGUUUUACACAGUUAUUCUGGCAAUUAACCUAUCAAAUGACCCUCAGCAUGACAACUACCCUACAAUAUUUCCUUACAUUUCUUUAUAAAACUUUCAUAGAUACUUUGUACAUGAAUCUGUAGAUUUAGAAAAACAAAGUUUCAUAACAGUUCUGAAGUGCCGAUUGAUUUCUUCCAGUUGAAUGCAGUGAAAUUUGCCAUUGAUGAUGAAUGUGCCUGAGACGACAUUGAAUUUGUUUUUAUGUUAUCAAAGUACUGUACUUUUGUCAUGUUUCCUAAAGAGAUCUUGAUUACAUUUGCUUUAUAUCUACUUAUAUACUUAAUCCUUGUAGUAUUUUGAACAGUUCAGUUACAAUACAGUAACAAAAGAAUAUACUGUAGUGCCACUUUGAUUAAAUGCCUUUUUCAUGCUGUAUAUGUACGCACUGCUGACUACAAUAGGACUGUAACUUGGGUUUAAUAGAACUUGCAGAAAAAGCCUUUUUCAUACUACCUAACUAAAAAGCUCUCAGCCUUGGAGUCAUCUGAGCCGCACUUGUCUUCAGCAGUCUGAUAGACACUGGAUUUUUACUAUUCUCUGCUUUUCAGACAAAAUGAGAACUCCAUUAUCUUCCCAGUACUAGAAUUCAUAUCAGUUUUCUAAAAUCUGUUUCUUAUGUGCCACACCUUUGUCGCUGUUAUGGACUGUACUUCUUGCAUAUGCGCAUUGUAAAUGUUCAUGUAUAUAGGGAACAUAUAGAAAUAAACUCCUUUAAAAUCUUUUCUUACUGUGUGUUCACACUACUGUGUGUUCUUAUAAGGCACUGAUAGGCACAACUACAGCCAUUUCAAACACUGGAAAGGUUCAUGUGCAUGAUAAUUGAAGGAUUAGGAUUCAGAGCUGUAUUUCCUAACCUGAUACUGAGAUCAGCCACUGUCAGGGGUGGGGCAACAUAAAAACAUCAUAAUGAGAUCAUUCAUAAACCUCAAAAAUUAAUUUAUUACAUUUUGUGUCUGGUAUUGUCUGCCUUUGUUUUUAGAGCUAGUGACAAAAACAUGAAUGAGUUGUUCCCCUUUAAAAAAUAAAUUUUAAUUAUUGAAAGCAAGAAGAAAUACUGAAAAGAGAGUGUCUCCCUUUCUCAGAUGUGCACUUGUUUUAACUGUAGCCUUGUCUUGUUUAUGGUGGCAUUGAGCAGGACAGACUUGAUAGCAUUGAUUUCUUGACUGGCAUAAGAAGAGAGUAGUUGUUGUUAAGAGCAAACUAAAUUUAUA